GGGGUUGAACAACCUCCUCCCCGUCUGCUCAAACGCGUCCACGUAUGCGCAUUCUAACUUACGUCACCGCCAUCUAAUUUUUACCCUGGAAUGAGACGCAACAUUGGAAAGAACAUACUACAAAGUGAGAUUAGAUUAGGUGCUACUUGGUAAAAGAGACCAAACAACUGGGGCCUACUUAUACACAUAAUAAAGAACUAGUAUUUCAUGGUUAAACCUUGUUUGAAUUCCAGUGGCCAAAAUUUUGUUUUUCUUUCUGCUGAGAAAGAAAAUAAUACAAGUCUUGUAGACAGCCACUUCUACCUAGCAGUAGAACAUGUGACUUGCCCACCAUUCGACUCUUCCAUGAACCCUCCUUCCUAUAUAAAAAUAGGAGUCGAACCCUGCUGCGAUGCUCAUUGCAUUACAAAAACUCUGCUUUCCACCAUUCGACCAUUCCAGGAAAUCCAGAGACACAAUGGAAGGCGCCGUGGCGCAGAGCAUCCUGAGCAAUGUUGGGCAGCUGGUGGGCGAGGAGUUUCGGCAGCUCCGCGCCGUUGGCGGCGAGGUUGCGGAGCUGAGGGACGAGCUGGCCACCAUGAACGCGCUCCUGCGCAUGCAGACUGAAGCCGAAGAUGGCGCCGUGGACCACUUCAUUCGCGAGUGGAUGAAGCAGCUGCGCGAGCUCGCCUACGACGCCGAGGACUGCGUCGACCUCUACAUAUUCCGCAUAAGGUGCCAGUCGAAAGACGGGUUUCUCGUCUGGUCUAAGCGCCUGCUUGCGACGCUUUUCCCCCGCCAUCGCCUUGCUGGCAACAUCAGGACCCUCCGUGCGCGCGCUGUCACCAUCAGCGAGCGCCAUGCCCGGUAUGGCGUCAGCCGCGAGGCGCUGCACCGGUCUCCUUCCGUAGCCCCAGUGAUGGCGGCGGCGUCGUCCGCGAAAGCGCUCCGCCCUGCCAACGACCCUGACCAGUUCGUCGGCAUCGAGGACCAGGCAAACAUCCUAGCCAAAAGGGUGAAGGCCAUGGUGCAUGACAAUAGCGAAGAACGUGACAAGAAUCUCAAGGUGUUCUCCAUCGUGGGAUUUGGAGGGCUCGGAAAGACAACGUUGGCCAUGGAGGUGUGCCGGCAGCUGGAGACAGAGUUCGACCGGCAAGCGCAAGUGUCGGUGUCUCAGAUGUUCGAUGGUGGGAACGAUCUCAAGGAACUGCUGAAGCGCGUGCUUCAGCAGAUCGUUAAGAACAAAGCAGCUAAUGAAAAAGGAAUAGAGGAAGAGGAUCCAUUGGCUGGCAUCGACACCAUGGAUGUGAACAAACUUGCCGACAAGCUUGAGGACCUUCUUAAAGAGAAGAGGUACCUGAUUGUGAUCGAUGAUGUAUGGACUGUAGCAGCAUGGGAUGCAAUCCAUUCCAAGUUGCCAGAAAACAAAUGCGGCAGCAGAAUCAUUGUAACCACUCGAAUAGAGACUGUGGCCAAAGAAUGCAGUGAUCCAAGUGUUGGCGAUUAUUGCAUCUACCGCAUUCAACCACUCAAUCCAGAAUACUCUAGGAAGUUGUUCCUCAGUAGGGCAUUUGGCUCUAUGGACGCUCCUUGCCAUGAAGGGCUAGCAGAUACAAUGGAAGAUAUUUUGAAGAAGUGUGCUGGGCUGCCAUUAGCAAUUGUUAGCAUUGCCAGCCUGUUGGCAAGCUAUAAAUAUCCAGAGAGGAAAGAUAUGUGGGAGACAGUUUGUAAAUCAAUUGGUUCGCAGAUGGAGAGCAACCCUACCCUCGAGGGGAUGAGUCAAAUACUCACACUCAGUUACAACCACCUGCCUUAUCACAUCAAGUGUUGCAUGAUGUAUCUAAGCCUUUUUCCUGAGGAUUAUGAAAUCAACAAGAAUAGGCUCUUGUACAGAUGGAUCGCCGAAGGAUUGAUCGAGGAGAAGCGGGGAUUGACUUUGUUGGAGGUUGCAGAAUCCUACUUCGAUGAGUUGAUGAGUAGGAGCAUGAUCGAUCCAGCCUCCUCUAUAGGGUUCGAUGGGAGGAGGGAGGCGUGCCGCGUGCACGACAUGAUGCUCGAGGUCAUGGUGUCCAGAUCCCUAGAGGCUAACUUUGUUAGCGUAGUAGGUGGACAAUAUGAAGGAAUGUUUUAUGAUAGAGUUCGUCGCCUCUCCAUCCAUGGCAUAGAACAGGAACCGGAGGCCGAGGAUUCUCCAUCCAAGGGGAGGAAUAGCAUGGAUAGGAUGGACAUGCAACAUGUUCGAUCACUGAGCAUGUUUGAGCUCAAAGCGAAAAGUGUAUUUGAUCGGUUGCGAGAGUUUACCCUGUUGAGGGUACUUGAUCUGGAAGGCUGCAAGGGCCUAGAAAACAAGCAUGUGGUGGAUAUCUGCCGGAUGUACCUUCUAAAGUUCUUAAGCUUGAAGGGUACAACCAUUAGUGUGAUGCCAAAAAAAGUCGGUGAGCUAGAGCAUUUGCAAGUUCUCGAUGUGCGUGAUACACAUCUUGGUGAGCUACCAGAAACAGUGACAAAGCUAGAGAAAGCUGAGCGCAUGGAUUUGACCCACCGUACAGAAUGGUACAUCAUGUGGACUAUUCCCAGAGGGGUCUCUAAAAUGAAGGCACUACGCGAGGUGGAAUGUGCAAAGAUAGAUAAUGUUGAAGUUGCUAAAGAGUUCGGUAAACUAGGACAACUACGUCGCAUAUUUCUGUUUGUUGACGCCCAGCAAGAUCUGGAGGUUGUAGGAGAGCUUGCCAUCUCCCUGAGCAAGUUACACUCCCUUCGGUCCCUUGGCAUUGGCCGCUUUGGAUCCGAGGACGGCAAAAUGGACUUUCUUCUUGAGCUGCCAUCGCCGCCACGGCUCCUCCGGUACCUCAGCAUCGAUGGCCAAAUUUCAAAAUUGCCUGACUGGAUGAGCUCACUGUCAUAUCUGACUGUCUUUGCCGCUAAGUGGUUAAGGUUACGUGGUGACCAAGUGUUUGACGUCCUUUGUAAGCUGCCCAACCUGCAGAGUAUCAAGCUGUGGCGGGAAUGCUACCUUGACCGCAGACUUGUUGCGCGCACUUCCCACCACUUUGCAGUGUUGAGGACCCUUUCCGUCUGCUCAAUUUACUGCAGAUAUCCCGAAGUGAUUGAGUUCGAGGAAGGAUCGAUGGAUAAGCUUGAGGAGCUUUUGGUUGAGUUCUGUGACGGUAACAAGAGGAGCAUUGUUGGUAUCCAACACUUGACAAACCUGAAAGAGGUCCAGCUUACAGGUAAGAGAUACAACUCUUCGCUGGCCCUUGCAUUGGAGCAGCUGAAGGCCGAGAGUAACAGCCGCGCCAAGGCCAGUCAGUUUAAGGUUGCAGUGAGAUACGAGUGAUCACUCUGCUUCCUUCCUUGCUGCGAGUCGGUUGGUUUGUCUGUUUUGUUGUCUCAGGAUGUACACGUUUUUAUUUUAAAUUCUGUUUGCGCAUGCAGUUGUAAUAAGGGUGGACUGCUGUUUACCAGUUUUUUCGUCCCAUAGUUUACAUUCGAGGUGGAGUGUAAGCAGUGGGUUUUCCUGGUACACAUCAAUCUUGCGUGCAACUUUCCCUUUCAUUUUCUGAACUCGAUGUUUCUCUUGUCAACAUGUAAAUUGGGUCUGCCCAGUUGAAAAAGCUACCAGCAGAUGGAGUGUCCGAGUGGUUAACUUUGUCUUGUGUAAAGUAUAAUUCUCUAGUACGUUGAAUUCAUUAUCCUCUAGUGUUUCUCU